AUGCCGCGCUUCAUUGGUUAUACCGAGGAAGAUACGUACGAUCUGAUCGUGUGUUCAGAUGCGUCCAAACGAGUGUAUGCCAUGACUGCCUAUAUCGUGACGCGCCCCCAUAAUGGCAAGCCUCAAUCAUCUCUACUCUUUGCCAAGGCAAAGUUAGCUCUACCCGGCGCUAUUACGAUCCCGCGCAUGGAGCUCUUGGCUUGUCAUAUGGCAGCGAAAACAGUGCAGUUCUUGAGAAGCCAGCUCAAAGUUAGAUUCCUUUCCAUCAGGUUUCUAACUGACUCGCAGAUAGUCCUUUACUGGAUACAGUCCCAUAAGCCCCUCAAGACCUACGCCAUCAAUCGUGCCAAGUACAUUCGUCGCGUUUUGGAUGAGCUGAAGGCAGACGAAAUCGCCACCGGAUUCUAUUACCUGGCCACGGAAACUAACCCAGCAGAUUGUGCCACCCGGGCAUUGACAGCAUCUGAACUUCAACAACAUAUAUGGUGGACAGGUCCCAGUUUUUUCACGACGCCCUUCGAACAGUGGCCCUGCAAGGCUUUCAAGCCAUCACAAGUAACACCCGCAGGAGCAGAAUCGGAAGACCUUCGCGUGCCAAGGGCAGUCGUUUCUUCGUGCAAAUGCGGCUAUCCGGCCGAUCGAUUUGAUAUCGCCACAGUUCCGAAUAGCUCGCUUGACUCACAGUUUGCCACAGAAGGUUAA